GGAACAACAAAAGCUGUUCAUAUUUCUCUCUCCCGAGCACCUGAGAAAAUCUAAAUCUAUCAUCGGAGCGUGAACAACACUCUCCUCUUUUGCAAAACCCACAGAACAAUGCUAAAACGACAUCGAAUCUUCCCUCACCACCAAUAGAAUUCUGCGACGUCACCUUUUCUUCCCCUUUUCCCAUAAACCCCUCUAAAAACCCUUCUUUUAGGGUUUGUUUCAAUCAAUCUCAUCCAUCUUCUUCAAUCUCUCUCACUGAUUUUUUUUAAAAUCACUGUUCAUUCAAUAAAGCUUCGAUAAAGCUACAGGCUUCUUCUUCAACUACUCUCUUUUGUUCGCGUUGAUGUAGCAAAACAAGCAAAAACACAGAAUGUUUCGUUUCUCGUUCCGCUUCUUCUUUCUCGUUCUGUUGCUAUCGGCUGGAGAGAUAUCAUCGCAGUUGGGUUCUGGUCCGCACAUUACCGAUGUUAACAUACUCUUACCUCCAAAGAUGAAGAACCCAGUUGAGUAUCGCCUUCAAGGAAGUGAUGGCUGCUUCAAAUGGUCAUGGGAUCAUCAUGAUAUUCUGUCAGUUACACCUGAGUUUAAUUCGAGUAGUCAUUGCUCGACCAGCGCGCGUGUGAAAUCGAUUGCCACGUAUAGUGGUAGAAAAGAGACUGCAGUUUAUGCCACUGAUUUACAAACCGGGAUGGUGAUUCGCUGCAAAGUCUUUAUUGACAACUUCUCGCGGAUUCAAAUUUUUCAUAAUUCUAUCAAGCUUGAUCUUGAUGGACUUUCCAUGCUUAGAGUCCGCGCUUUUGACAAUGAAGAAAACGAGUUCUCGUCACUGGUGGGUCUACAAUUCAUGUGGAAACUGACGCCUGAAAGUGGUGGAACAACGCAUCACCUUGCUCAUGUGCCUUUGAAGGAAUCUCCGUUGACUGACUGUGGAGGACUGUGUGGCUACUUGGAUAUCCAGAAAAAGCUUGAAGAUAGUGGUGUAUUUGCUGAUUUGUUUGUCGUGAAGGGAACCAAAAUUGGACAUGAGAAGGUUUCAGUUCAUCUGCUUGAGGCUCCUCUUACACAUAUAGCCGAUGAAAUAGUACUAACGGUAGCAGAGGCCAUGUCUCUUGAGCCUCGUUCACCAGUCUUUGUCCUGAUGGGAGCUUCUUUUGGUUACACGUUAAAGGUCAUGCGUGGAAAUGUUCCUCAAGCCGUGCAUCUUCCAUCAUCACAUCAUAGAUGGUCUGCAUUGAACUCUUCUGUUGCUCAAGUAGAUUCUUUGUUAGGUCUGACUAAAGCAUUAAGCUUGGGGGCAACAACAGUUGUUGUUGAGGAUACCCGGGUUGCUGGCCACAUUCAAGGAUCAUCUAUUAAUGUUGUCAUUCCAGAUACUCUUAUCUUGUACAUAUCACCUUGGUCAAUGUCAGAGGAUCUUAUUAUAGAAUCAAAACCUUUUCCAUCAUCCAUGCAUUGGUAUGUGGUGUCUGGUCGUCAAUAUCUAAUUCAAAUGAAGAUUUUCUCUGGAAGACCUGAUGCACAUGAAAUCUAUAUAACUGAGACGGAUGACAUAAAACUGUAUGGAAACGAUUCCGAUUAUUGGAAAAUUCUCUCACUGCCAGAUGAACUUCCCUCUGAAUAUAGUCAGCGAAAUUCUAGAAUUUUGAACGCAAUCUCACCAGGAUUAGGAGAGAUGACAGCUACAUUGACUUACUUCAAUGGGCAUCAGGACUCAAAAGAGGUUCUCAAGGUUGUUCAAGAAAUUAUGGUUUGCGAAAAAGUGCAGUUCACAUUAAACAGUGAAGAUGACAUACCUAAGAUCCUACUCCCUUGGACCCCUGCUGUUUAUCAGGAGAUGGAGCUAAUUGUGACAGGAGGUUGUGCAAAAGCAUCGAGUGACUACAAGUGGUUCACUUCAGAUAUGAGCAUUUUGUCUGUGUCAGCUUAUGGAACUAUCCAGGCAAAGAGGCCUGGAAUAGCCACUGUAAAGGUGGUGUCGACUUUUGAUUCACAAAAUUUUGAUGAGGUUAUUGUUGAAGUUUCCAUUCCAUCCUCUAUGGUUAUGUUGCAAAAGUUUCCAGUAGAGAGAGUUGUUGGAUCAUACCUGCAAGCAGCUGUCACAAUGAAGGCUUUGAAUGGUGCCUCGUUCUCUAAAUGUGAUGCUUUUAAUUCAUUGAUAAAGUGGAAGGCGGGGAGUGACUCUUUUGUUAUUGUUAAUGCAACAUCUGACAUGAUGAUGUUGGACGAAUUAAUAAGCAUAGACUCCAGUCCUCCUUGUUCACGGGCCUAUAUAUAUUCUUCGUCUCCUGGUCGCACAGUUCUACAAGCAACUCUGGCAAAAGAGUUUCAUUAUUUUGAUAAGUCUUUAAGUGAAUCAAUAGAUUUGAAAGCAACUUUGAGUAUCGGAUCUUAUCUGCCACUUUCUGUCAGACAAGAUAGUGAUGGGAAUCAUCAUGGUGGAUACUGGUUUGAUAAAGCACAAGAAGAAACUGAAUUUGGUGUUAGUAAGCUAUAUCUUGUACCUGGGACAUAUGUUGAUGUCAUGCUUCUUGGGGGACCUGAAAGGUGGGAUGGCAAUGUUGAAUUCACCGAGACUGUGAAGACACUGUAUGAAGAUGAGGAGGAUCGUACAAGCAGAGUUAACGUCCAUCAUGAGUUUGACCGCCACGCUAAUAUGUAUAAAAUUUCAUGCCAGAAGCUUGGCUCCUAUAAACUGGUCUUCUUGCGUGGGAAUCUGGUGGGUAUAGACCAUCCUUUACCUGCAGUGGCAGAAGCUGUAUUGUCUGUUCAUUGCAGCUUACCAUCCUCUGUUGUGCUCAUUGUUGAUGAACCUGUUAACAAGCUUGAUGUGAUUAGAGCUGCUAGUCAAGCUGACAGGGCACCAGGAAGACUUCGUGUAACUCCUGUGACUGUGGCAAAUGGGCAGAUAAUCCGUGUGGCUGCUGUUGGUAUUAGCGAAUUUGGAGAAGCUUUUUCAAACUCGUCAACUCUUUCUCUCAGGUGGGAACUGAGCAGUUGCAAAAGUUUGGCAUACUGGGAUGAUGAUUAUAACUCAAAAAUGACAAAGUCUAGCUGGGAGAGAUUUCUGGCUCUUCGCAAUGAAUCAGGAUUGUGCACUGUUCGAGCCACGGUUUCUGGUAUUGAUUAUUCUGUUAAAAGCCAAUACUCAACUCUGCUUCCACAAGGUUCGGAAAGUACUCUCACUGAUGCUGUACGCUUACAGUUGGUUUCCACACUAAGAGUCACACCAGAGUUCAACCUGGUCUUCUUUAAUCCUAAUGCCAAGGUAAAUUUGUCAAUGACUGGAGGGAGCUGUUUGUGGGAAGCAGUUGUGAAUAAUUCUCGUGUAGCAGAAGUUAUACGGCCCCCAUCUGGCCUGCAAUGCUCGCAAAUGAUGCUGUCUCCAAAAGGUUUAGGGACUACACUCGUGACAGUAUACGACAUUGGAGUUUCCCCUCCACUUUCAGCUCUUGCGUUGAUUAAAGUUGCAGAUGUGGACUGGAUAAAGAUUGCAUCUGCGGAUCAGAUAAGUAUAAUGGAAGGAAGUACACACUCCAUUGAUCUCUUGACUGGCAUUGACGAUGGGAUGACCUUUGAUUCUUCCCAGUACCCACUUAUGGACAUUAUGGUGCAUAUCGAGGAUGAUCUCGUGGAGCAUGUCGUUGAUGAUGAUUUACUUUCUGUUGGUGAACACGUGGCAACUUCCUCUUUUAAAGUUGCUGCUAGACGACUGGGAAUAACAACCCUAUAUGUCAGCGCAAGACAACAGUCAGGAGAUAAAGUAGUAAGCCAAACUAUUAAAGUCGAAGUUUAUUCCCCACCAAGACUUCAACCAGAAGGAAUAUUUCUUGUUCCCGGUGCUUCUUACGUGCUCACUGUUGAAGGAGGCCCGACCAUGAAUGUUUCUGUUGACUACACCACUGCGGAUAACGAAGUUGCAAAGAUUGAAAAAUCAGGACGCCUAUACGCAACAUCACCCGGCAAUACGACAAUCUAUGCAACUAUUUACGGGAGUGAAGGUACUGUAGUUUGUCAGGCAAAAGGCAAUGCUGAAGUAGGGCUUCCUGCUGCUGCAAUGCUGGUAGCUCAAAGUGACACUGUGGCCGUUGGACAUGAAAUGCCUAUGUCCCCAUCAUUUCCUGAGGGAGACCUUUUGUCUUUCUAUGAGCUCUGCAGAGCAUACAAGUGGACUAUUGAAGAUGAGGAGGUGUUGAUUUUCAGUGCAUCAUCCAUUAAUGCGGAAGAGAAUGCUGGUUUUGUCAAUGUCGUCCAAGGAAGAUCAGCUGGCAAAACCAGAGUCACAAUUGCCUUCUCAUGUGAUUUCGUGUCUCCUGGCUUGUACUCUGAAUCUAGAACGUAUGAAGCGUCGAUGAUUUUAUCUGUUGUGCCUGAUCUUAGCAACAAUGUUGCAUGUAUUCAAGCCAAAGACCGCACAAGUGGAAGGAUUGAGAUUGCUGCUUGUGUGAGGGUUGCAGAGGUUGCUCAAAUAAGAAUGAAGAGUGAGGGGAUCCCUUUCCACGUGAUAGAUCUAGCUGUUGGCGAUGAACUUGAACUUCCAAUAAAUUACUUUGACAGUUUAGGAAUUCAUUUUCUCGAAGCACAUGGAGUUACUACAUACAAUGUUGAAACUAAUCAUCGUGAUGUUGUAUCUAUUAAGACUGUCAAUGACCAACCAAGUGCCUACAUUAAGGGAAUAAAACAUGGCAAAGCUCUCAUUCGGGUUUCCAUUGGCGGUAAUACCAGGAAAUCAGACUACGUUUUGGUUUCAGUUGGGGCGCGUAUCUGUCCUCAAAACCCGGUCAUUCACACUGGAAAUUUCUUAAAUUUCAGCAUAGCAGGGGCAGAUCAUCAAAUCUCUGGUCAAUGGGUUACAUCAAACAGAAGUGUCCUAUCCGUCAAUGUGGCAUCUGGCCAAGCUAAAGCGAUCAGCCAAGGCUCAGCUCAUGUUACAUUUGAAGGUCAUGGUUUGAAAUUGCAAACAAAAGUCACAGUGCUACUUGGAAACACCAUAAAUGUUGACUCUCCAAGAGAAACACUGACAAAUGUAGACAUCCCUGCAGAAGGGUAUAACUUUCCAGUUAAAUUCAGGGAGAACAAGUUUGCAGUCUCUGAGGCCAUGUUUAACUGCCAAGUAGACCCUCCGUUUAUAGGAUACGCAAAGCCACGGAUGGAUCUUGAUACUGGCAACACUUAUUGUCUUUUCUUCCCAUACUCACCAGAGCAUCUGGUUCACUCCAUGACUAUAGCAAAAGACAUGAAACCUCAUGUGUCCUUCUCCAUUAGUGCUUCACUCAAAGAAGCUCAUCAUGUUUCGGGGUCUGCAUCUGCACUUCUUAUUGGAGGGUUUUCUGUAACGGGGCCAAACAAGCUGAAUAUAGAUGCGAAUUCAAACACGACCAUCAUUUCAAUACUGGGGAACACCGAUGUUCAAAUUCACUGGCGUAACAAAGGUCGGUUAUCGAUCAGCUUGAUCAAAAGGGAAGAUUUUGGUAUCGCAGGGCAUGCACUAUACAAGGUGGAUGUGUUAAGAUCAGAGCAAUUCACAGAUAGAAUCCUCAUCACUCUCCCUGCUACUGGCCAAAGUGUAGAAAUCGAUGUCUCCUAUGACACGGGCGAGUCCCUCUCUAAAGAUGGAGACUGUAUUUUGUUCAAGAUACUAUGGAGCGUUUUGGUGUUGACUGUAUCAGUGAUCAUCUUGUUGAAAGUGAUAGAUAGAUCAGGUCCAACAGGAGCUACUAGAACUGCAACAAACGGUGGAGCUGCAGCACCGGGAACACCAGAAAGAAGAAGCGGUGUGGUUACUUACCACGAGGAAUCUCCUAGAACACCAUCACCUUUUAUGGAGUAUGUGAAGAGAACAGUGGAUGAAACUCCUUAUUACAAAAGAGAAGGAAGAAGAAGGUUCAAUCCUCAAAACACUAUGUAAAAUCUAAGAUGAUGAUGAUUUUGUUGCUAGUUGGAAACUUUGUUCAUUAGAGAUUAGAACAUCUUUUUGUUUGUAAACCACCAAACCCGAGGCCAGCAAUGU